CCACUCCCCUCCCCUCGAAGCGAGCCUCGAAGAUGUCGUCGUCGUCGUCGUCGCCGUCGUCGUCGUCUUUUACUCUCAGGUUACGGCUCGCCUCGCGAUGGAACCUCGAUCUUAGGUAUUACGACGACAACCUCGAGGAAAAAGAAGCCGCUCGGACGAUCAAAUAGCAUAGAAAAAGAAAAACAAGGGCUGGAGUUGAGCACGCGGAACAACCGUGCACGCCGCUGCCGGUUGCCCGUUCUCUGAGUCAUCACCGUGAAUUAUUCCCUCCUCCUCGACCUAAACCUUACCCUCCUGCGGUCCUUUACUCGAAGAUGAACUCCAUGCUGUAUACCCUGUACGGGUUCGCGAUAUUCUUCAUGAUAUUCUGGUCGGGCAUGUGGAUCGUUCACGUGUUGGCUUUAAUAGCCGGCCGCUGGAAACUUCAUCGAAAGAUUGCUCAAAUACCAAGCUACGAGACUCCCCUGCCUGGUGUUUCGAUCAUCAAACCGUUAAUGGGAGUCGAUCCGAAUUUAUUCGGCAAUCUCGAGACAUUCUUUACGAUAGAGUAUCCUAGAUACGAAUUGUUAUUUUGCGUCGAGGACGAUUCCGAUCCGGCGUUGAUGCUAGUCGGGAAAUUAAUAGAAAAAUAUCCUCAAAUAGAGACGCGAGUUUUCGUGGGUGGUCGCAACGUUGGGGUCAAUCCUAAGAUCAACAAUAUGCAGCCGGCUUACGAAACGGCGAAAUACGAGCUGGUACUGAUCAGCGAUAGUGGUAUAAGAAUGAAAGAGGACACUCUGUUGGAUAUGGUCAACUACAUGACCGAUAAGGUCGCAUUGGUACACCAGAUGCCGUUCACGUACGACCGUGACGGUUUCGCAGCAGCCUACGAAAAGAUAUUUUUCGGUACGGUACAAUCAAGGAUGUACCUUGCGGCCGAUCUCUUAAGAAUAAACUGUCAUACCGGUAUGUCGGCUUUACUACGUAAGGCGACCUUGGACGAAGUCGGCGGCCUGAAGACCUUCGGUGUCUAUCUCGCGGAGGAUUUCUUUUACGCGAAGUCAUUGACCGACCGUGGCUGGCGAAUAACCGUCUGCUCGCAGCCUGCAUUGCAAAACAGCGGCCACUGCGAAUUGCACUCCUUCCAGGCGAGGCUCAGGAGGUGGGCCAAGCUUCGUGUCGCCAUGUUACCCACCACGAUCGUCUUCGAACCUCUCAGCGAGUGCCUCGUACUCGGUGCCUGUGCCUCCUGGGCUGCCAGUGUUCUAUUCGACUGGGACUCUUUAGUUUUUUAUCUCGUACACAUACUAUUGUGGUUCAUGUUCGACUGGACGCUUUUGUGUGUCGUACAGAACGGGCCAUUGCCCUUCAACAAACUCAUGUUCGUCUGUGGAUGGCUUCUCAGUGAGAUCACGAGACCCUAUCUCUUCGUUCAAGCCGUCCUGGAUCCCCUGAUACAGUGGCGUUCGCGCGUUUACAAGCUCAGAUGGGGCGGCGUCGCGGAGGAGGUCAAGACGAAAGUAAAAUACUAGGAUAGCAAAAAUCGUUCUUUCUUCCCUCCGAUUAUUUUGUUUCUCUCUCUAUUUUAUUCUUAUUCCUUCUUCUCUUUCUCUCUCUCUCUCUCUCUCUUAUUCUUUCUUUCACUCGCUCGCUCUAAUUCUCACUAUCUUUCUCCAUCUUUCUCUCUCUCUCUCUCUCUCUCUCUCUCUCUUUUAUUUUUUUUUUCUAAUCAUUUCCUUCCUCGUCGCGCAAAUUUGGAGAAUAGUGAUACUCGAUGGCAUAUCGCGCACUUAUUUAUAUCUUGCGUUACAUAUCUACGAUAUUACCGUAUGUAAGAUAUGCUCUCUACGUACGAUGAUUUUUUUCUCUCUUUUCGCGUAUCAUUUCUUCUUAUUUUCCUUCUUCUUCUUAUUCUUCUUCUAUCUACUUCUAUUUCCUCGCAAAAUGGCACGAAUCGGGUCGUCGCGAGAUUACAUGAAUUUCUUUUUCAACUGGAUCGAUAAAAAGUUUUACUGCCUACUUAAACGUUUGAUCGAUAAUAAUCAAACGAAGUCAAAUCUAUGAAACUUGUUCGUCAGCGUACGUAUUAUAGGAGAAGAGAGAAAGCUGAAUGAUAAAUUAUUUAUCGCGAAGCGAUAUACGGAUAUAUGUGUAUAUAUAUAUCGUA